UUGGGAGGAACCGAUUCUCUCAGGCUGACCCUGUCACACUGUCCCCCCUGUCAAAAUCAUAGACAAACAGUGUCCCACAUUCUUGUUCUUCAGAUACAGAAAUGUGUUUUACCAGAAUAAAAUAGAAAGCUGUUUUCAGUGAUGAACUCAGAAAGCUGUAUUUUUGUUUCCAGCAGACAUAACGUUUGGCGAUGUGAACCAAUCAAAGCAAACAGUAUUUUUUAUAGGACAUCUGGAAAUUAACUCAGAGCCGUUUACUUGUUGAGAACAUGAGCUUCAAGCUUAUAUGAAUCACUUCACACAGUCGUGAUGACCUCUUAUUAAGGAAAACGCCCUCAGUUUGUUGAAAUAAUCCACGUGAAAACAUAAAUGUAUCAUUUUCUGUUGUAACCCACAAACUGAACUGUAACGUAACGACACUUUCACUUUCUCAGUAAAGUAAAACGUCACUACUUCCACGUCUAGUUGUUGGAAUGGAGGCGGAGUCCACUGGGUCCGCUCUCCAUGUCUAAUGCGCGCUCCCGACGGAGGGGAAACAGAUCCUGUUGGGGAUACUGAUCCACCGGAAUCCAGCCAAAGUGGAUUCUGGAGUGUUCCCAUCCUCCUGUUAGAGAUCCUCCAUCUGAAUGUAGCAGGCCUACUGGCCCAGAUCUAUGGGGCUGAUUUCCUCUAAUAACGCCCAGUGAAUUGACUGAUAACAUCCGAAGCGGGCGUUCCUUUCUGACUGUGGAGGUAAAAAGACAUAACUAUUUCAGACCCAGAAAGGCACCACUGAUGACGCCUGACGAAGACCCAGACACCAGUGAUAGAAAAUACCAUCACAGGAGGAUGAGGUCAUCAAAUACAGCCACCACAUCCAAACCAUCUGCAUCUCACAGACACACACCAGGAAGUAUAGGUUGGGGAGAGAAAUAGAAGAACUCCCUAUAGAACUGAUAUCGACAACAAAGCCUACAGUAUGGCGUUGAUAAUGUCUGAAACAGCUUGGAAUGAGGAGCUGGGGUGGGAGUGGGUGAAAAACUGGUUUUUCAGGUUUGGACUCAGCAGACAUCGUAAACAAGUAGUUCCUGCUAUAAGCCUCUGAAUAUAAGAACAGCUUGGACCCCACAGAAGACCAUCAUUAUUCACUGCCUGCAGAGCGACGUCAUGGCGACUGCAGCAAUGUCUGAUGAUCAGCCGCCCCUGAAACGCAGGUGCAGGAACAGGAUAAAUUUCCUGCCAACACACAUGUCUGAGCUGAAGGUGGUUCUGCUGGGGAACAGCUGCUCUUUGAGGAGAAAUGUUAGGAACGCCAUCCUGGGACAGACCAAUUUCAGCACUGAGGAAGAACCAGACUGCUGUUCAUCUGUCAGAGGACAAAUGGAAGACAAAGAAAUAGUUCUGAUCAACACUCCAGAUCUGCUGCUUCCAAACAUCUCUGAGGACAAACUGAAGGAACACGUAGAAACCUGUGUGAGGCUCUCUGAUCCUGGACCUCAUGUGUUCCUGUUGGUUCUACAGCCUGAAGACUUCACUGAGGAGCACAAACGGAGACUCUGCAGAGUCCUUCAACUGUUCAGUGAUCGAUCAUUUGAUCAUUCGUUGAUUCUGAUAUCAACAUCCAAAGAGGAGGUCUCAGACAUCACAGAGCAGUAUCCAGCUGUGAGAGAGAUGAGGAGCUUGUGUAGAGACAGAUACCUGUUACAGGAGAAAUCUGAACUUUCAGACCUGUUAACACUCAUGGAUCAAAUUAUAACAGAGAACAACGGAGAGCAUCUGAGUUGUGAUGGAUUUGAUGAAGCGAAGGAUUUCUGUUUCAUGAAGAGAUCUGAACACAUCAAACCAUCUUCAACUCUGGAGCUGUUUGAAGAACCAGAGAAAGAAAAAGAAUGGGAGGAAGAAUUUGAGUGGAAACAAAAUGAAUGGUGGGAAAAACGACGCCUGCAAGAUGAACAGAAAUGUGAGAUGGAGCAAGAAAAACUUAAAAAGCUUUGGGAAGCGUAUGAAGAAGGAAGAGAAAAAUAUGAAAACAAAAGAAAAGAAGCUGAAAGGAGAAGAAAGCAGGAGGAGAAGGAGAAAACAGAAUUAAAAAGAAUGGUUCAUGACAUAAAGAAGAAAUAUGGAGAGAAGGUCAGAAAACAAGCUGAAAGAUUAAAUAAUAAAUACACCAGUGAACUCGAAGCCCUGAUGAAAAAACAUGACGAGGAACUAAAAGCUGUGAAGGAACAGCACGAACAGAGCCAACGAGAAAAAGAAGAAGAGCUGAACGACCUGAAGAGGAAAUAUGAAGAAAUGAAGGAUUCAUCCGAGAGACGCAGAAACAGCUGUUCAGUCUGCUGAUCAUCCAAACACAAACUCUAAAUACGACAAACCAAUCAGACUCAAGAAUGAAACAAAUCUAACAUCCAGUUUUACAGAAACACACUUUACCAACAUCUUCUAAAAGAAAGUCUCAGCGCUCAGCAGCCACGUCGGCAUUUCUUAAACAGUUAUUUUGAAGCAUUAUUAAAAUGAACUUCAAAGUCAAGACAUGAAACUCCGUUUAGAGAAUUACCAGUAAGAAGCUCUAAUAUAAGGUUUUUGUUAUUUUCAUAUUCAACACUGCUGUUUUUCUGUUUUGACUUCAGAAAUAUAAGAGUUAUGGUUCAGUGAUGGGAUCACGUGAAGUCUUUUUAUCAGCAAUGUUCAAAAUCUCUGUUUCCUCCGUUAAAGGUUUCAGCACUUUUGUGAGUUUCUUCUUUGUUUUAUGUGAUUUGAUUAAAUAUAAUACCACAUGCUUUAAUUUAAUUAAUAAAUGAAUAUCUCUCAUUCUU